AUGGUAGAGCAUCACGCAGGCAACAGCGCAUCCAUCUUCCUAACCUUUGACAGCGAGUCUCAAUCUUCGCUUUUACCAUCGAGGGUCGGCGCAUCGCUCUCAGCAUCCUCGUACUAUUUGUGGCCCAUCGGAUACAAGAGUACUUCAAGCGAUUCACCUAGCUAUACGCGCAGCUGGUCCUUCACCCAGCAAGAACUUCUCGACAAGAUGCCAAUUGGACGGACGCUACUCUAUGGGUUCGUUGGCUUUGUCGCGCUCGGCACCGCCUUCUCCAUGUGGAGCGACCCGCUCGAGCCAGAGAUUGCAGCAGCUUCCAAUAAUCCAAGCGAAUGGUCCGUUGCCAAGCUCAAGCGCUACUUGCAAGAAAAUCAUGUGCCGCUGCCGGGUCUUGAUCAGGCAAGUUCGAACUUGUCGGCGGAGCAGCAGGCAGAGCAACGUGCGCUUGUACUAGAUGAUUUAUCGCAUAGGCAGCUCAUAAAGCUGGUCAAGCAGCAUAGACAAGCCACGCGCAGACCAGCACAAGAGACGGCUUCUGCCAGUGAGCAAAGUCCUUUAUUGGCAAGCGCGUCAGCUGAUGCUGCAAAUGAACGUCUUUUGAGCGCAAGCAAUUUGAAAUAG